AGCUUCCCCGAUCCCCAACAGACGAGCGGAGUAGGUGGCCCUCCCUACCCCGUUUUCCUCCACUCCCGCUCCAGCGUUCUCUCCCUCCUCCCCCUGCCCCGACCGAUGCUACAUUCCCGCGGCGAGCCGCUCGCUUGCCUCCCCGGGCCCUGGGCUACCCACCCCAUCGCCGAGCCGCAGCCGCCUCGCCCGGUCUCCCUCCAUUUUCGCCCGACUCUCGCGCCUUGGAGGGAGCGAGAGGAGAGGGGAGUCGUCGACUCGUCGUCCUGCGCCCGGCGCUCGGGUUACUGGCUCGAGGGAUCGCGGUGGAUUUGGAGCCCGGGGUGGACCGGUUGCUGAUGGUAUUCUCCGAUGGAGGAGGCAGGGAGAGAGCGGGACAUGGCGGCGGAGGAUCUCGGUGUCGCCACUAAGGAUACAGCAGUUGUAAACACAAAGCCAGCAAAGCGAUAUCCACUUGCGUUAUGGAUAGCCAUACUGGGCCUGAUAAUGCUAGUCGGCGUGUACAUAUUCUCGUUGUCUCUAAAGCAAAACGGGAUGCUUUUCGGGCUCAUGCAGACAAAUCUGAUAGAAAAGGAAAGGGAGAAACCUUGUCAUGAUCCCAGUAUUCCAGACACAGAAAUCCCUUACUUGCACUACCCGAUGCCAAAUACUUAUGAUAGGAAAGAAUGUGCGUGCACGGGGGUUAGAUUCUUUGCUAUCUUGUCAAUGCAGAGGUCAGGGAGUGGAUGGGUUGAGACAUUGUUGAAUAGCCAUCCUAAUAUUAGCUCCAAUGGAGAGAUCUUCUCUGUCAAAGAUAGACGCAGUAAUAUCACCGCGAUCACGAAAACACUGGACAAAUUGUACAAUUUGGAUUGGUAUAGCAGUGCUGCUAAGAAUGAAUGUACGGCUGCCGUGGGGCUGAAAUGGAUGCUCAAUCAGGGUCUAAUGAAGCACCAUCAAGAGAUAGUUGAAUACUUCAACCGAAGGGGUGUUUCUGCAAUUUUCCUACUAAGAAGAAAUCUUCUCCGGCGUUAUGUUUCUAUAUUAGCAAAUGCUCAUGAUAGUGCCAUGAAACAGCUGAAUGGAACUCAUAAAGCUCACGUGCACUCCAAACAUGAGGCUGAAAUUCUUGCUCAAUAUAAGCCAACCAUUGACAAAAAAACAUUGAUUACUGAACUAAAACGGUCUGAUAAGUUGGCAUCUGAUGCCUUGGUGAAUUUUAAGAACACCAGGCAUGUUGUUCUGUACUAUGAGGAUGUUGUCCGCAAUCGCACGAUGCUCAUGGAUGUCCUGGAUUUUCUAAGAGUGCCAAAGAGGAAACUGUCCAGUCGACAUGUGAAAAUCCACACUAAACGAUUGUGUGAUCAUAUCGAUAACUGGGCAGAUGUUAAUAAUUUUUUGAAGGGGACACGGUUCGAGAGCUUUUUGAAUGGCUCAAGGAGAUGACAUCGCUAGCUGAUGUAUAAUAGUGCUAUAUAUAUAGUGAGUUGUCCUUUUGAGUUUUGACCCCUGGUUACCCCCUUCUACAGCUAACAGAGUUAGCACAGUAGGCAAAUUUUUUGAUGAGUGAAUAAGUUUGGGUCACUGAGAGAAAUAGUUAGGAAGCAGAAGUAGAGAUGCUUGAUCCAGGUUAGUCUCGUAGAUAUGGAUUGCAGAAUAAAGAUGAGAAACAAUACCUUUGGGGUUAUCAGAUAUGCAAUGCAAGAACUUGCAAAGCUGUUUUGACUUCAAAGUUUGCACUUGAAAAUGAUAGCCCAUCCGGAUUGGCGCAAGCGCAACAAGUGCUCAACUGCUCAUACAGCUUGUAUGCACAUGUUGGCUCUUUGAAAUAGCAAAUGCUCUUGGAAGUAUCUUGUUGCUAAAUGAAGCGAAUUGAGUCCUUCGGUGUACUGAACUGCUAAAUGAAAUGCACCAUCACUUUCUUAAUUUCUGCCAUUGCCUGA